AUGAUGUUGACCGUAGAUAUAAAUGGGAACAAAAGAGAUAUUGUUGUUGCAGUCCAGCAAAGUGGCAUUGCUUGGGCUUUGGAUCGAAAUAAUGGUGACGUCGUUUGGUAUACGGAAGCUGGGCCAUAUGGGUCGGCAGGAGGUGGAUCAUGGGGUGCAGCAACUGAUGAAAAGAGGGUUUACACGAACAUUGUGAAUUCUGAUGCCCAAAAUUUCACGCUCAAACCCUCAAACAAGAUUACAACUGCGGGUGGGUGGGUGGCAAUGGAUGCUAACAAUGGUAGAGUUCUGUGGUCAACAGCAAACCCUGCUAACAGCACUGCUGAUGGUCCUGUUAGUGUUGCAAAUGGUGUUCUCUUUGCUGGAUCAGCUGAUAAAAUGGGAUACAUAUAUGCAAUGGAUGCAAAGAGUGGGAAAAUUUUAUGGUCCUAUAAAACUGGAGCCAGUGUCUAUGGAGGCAUGUCAAUCAACAAAGGGUGCAUCUAUGUGGGCCAUGGAUUCAAUGCUGGUUAUGGGUUUAACAAGAAAUUAACACAAGGAAACUCUCUCUUUGCCUUCUGUGUUAAGGAUUAA